CAUUUUCAUUCGUUUACAGCAGCGCCAAAUUGCUUCCUGGGAUUUUGAGCACACAAUCCAAGUCUGAGAGUUAACAAAAAAAACUUGUUUGGGUUAAAACCAUUUCUUAUGUUUCUAUGGACAUUGUUAUAUCUAAUGCACAACAAACGGCGUGGUUAAAACAGUUCAACUUUCGGUUUUUAGUUCAGUUUGGGUGUGAAAACGUGUUUGGGGUGAACAGGAGCUCUCCGAGUGGGUCUGCCAGAAAAACGGAUAAACAGUGAUCUUAUUUAUCCGAAAUAUCACCGGUGAGUGACGAGGAAACUAAAAAUGUCGCUGUGGCGCCACAUAGUUGAUAAACAGAAGGGCGGCCAUGUUAAUGCUACAGGCGACAGUGUUUGUUUCGUUGCUAAGACUAAAUCCUCCCUGAUGGGACUUGAGGACUCUGUGGAAGCAGGUCUGUCUCCUCCAAAGCAUACUGCAAAAGAGAGCUCAUUUCCUCCCGUUUCAGACUCCACCACAGUUAAUAGAAAAGAGUUUCCAGUGAUGAUGAAGGCUGCUUCAUCAUCCCUUCUUUGUGGGUCUCCUUGCCGAUGUCACGCUUCAGGUUCCUCUCCGGCUCAGUUAGAGAGCUCACAGCUUGAACAGCUGCUCUCUCUCAGUCUCUGCCUUGGAAAGAAAGGCCUCGAGCUCAUCCACUGUCCUAAUAAGGCCACAAUCACUCUGGACCGUUCAACAGCACAGGUAGUGGAUGUGAACAAGCAAGCCUGCGAGCUCUUUGAAUACACACGCAGUGAGCUGAUUGGAAAAACCCUGACCUUCCUUCUGAAGACUAGUCAUAUGACUGAGGAUGUGUUGGGAGAGGACAGCCUAGACUCUGCAGGCAACAUAAUCACCAUAUCCAGAAAAGUGGUAAAUGCAGUAGUUAAAGCAGACUUCGAGAUCCCUGUGUCUGUAUGGACGUGUUCAUACAAUCACAAAACCUGCGUACUGUUUUUGGAGAAAGUGGAGAGGAUAUCCGCCCACUUCUCUUUCUCUAAAGAGGGUGGGAUUCUCAGCUAUGACUCCACUUUUGCUCAUCUCCAUGGUUACUGUGAUGCUGAUGACUUGAUUGGGCUUUCGGUCACAUCCGUGAUGCCAACACUUCUUGUUCCACCGCAGUGUCGGACCAUACCUAAGGUGAUGCGCUUGCAGAGGGUGCGUGUGCGGGGCAGGAACAGCACAGAAUUGUGGGCGAGUGUGCGACUGCGCACUGCGAUAUCCUGUGGGAAGCCUUUAAACCAGUUGGACACGUCUUCCUGUGCUGAGCCCAGUGAAAAGUCACAUGCAGUACUCGGUGCAGGGGAUAGUGGCAGUGAAGGUCUGUGCUUGUCCCUCCCAGACGUGGUUUAUUCUGGGUCACUGUGGACUUUUGUUCCCUCCAGCAGCCUUCUGACACUCUACCCCAAUGGCACCAUUAACAGCAUCAACAGCAUUUACUGUCCCCUGCUGAUGGGAUAUAGCAUGACUGAGCUUGUGGGCAAGACGAUCACCUUCUUGAUACCAGCCUUUUACGAGAUGAUGUGUGCCUUUGACAGAAGUCCCAGUCCUGUAUUGUAUCAUGAAGUUUGCCCAGCAUUCAGUCCUCCUAGAGGCCACACAGACUCCUACAGAUGCUCUAAUGGAGGUGGAGGUGGUACAUCAAGCCCAUCUGCUUGUGCUACUUCAGCAAAGGAGACUCAGGACACAUAUAAUAGUCUUAAGACUGUGCUGGCCAAAGACAGUCUGUUGUUCCCACCACCAAAGAGGAAAGGAGGUGCAGCAAAGGAGAGGCAAGGCUUUGCUGCUGUCAAGGCUAAGCAGAAGCACCAGGCUCCUUCUGCAAUUACUGUUCCUGCAGUUUCCCCCAUGCCUGUAAAAAGAUUGGAGGACACUGCAGAGCUUUGCAGCGAGGCAGCUGCAGUAGUAUCCCAGUCUGAGUCUGUUCCAUCUGAUUCCACCGCAGCUCUACUACACACCUUUGCUUUGCUUGAGUCCCAACAGGAUCGCUCAGCCCGAUUCCAAAAUUCCAGCUUCGAGGUGAUCUCACUUGGCAGUCGUUCGUCCUCGGGAUUUUGUGAAAAGUGGGCGGGUCCUGAGAAAUCUGAUGACACGCAACAGGAAGGAGAAGUAGCCGAUUCAAGCAGCUGCUUCCUUGACCUGGAUACUAACGGUGAUGCAAUUGCACUUGCCAUUGGUGAGCUAGACCUGAGUGAGUGCGACACGGCUGAGCUCCUGCGCACACAAUCACCUUGCAUUGUGGAUUCUGAUCCUGAAACCGAACCCCGUGACCAAAAAUACAAACUUCCUGAGCAAGAAUGCCUGGGGGGAGGUGUGAUCUCAUCACUAAAAGAGUCCUCACUUUUAGAGGCAAAUCCAGAGCAGUGGAACACUGAGUUUGAAAUUCCGGAGCAGUGUACUUCUUUCUCAGAGCUUUGUAAAAGUCUGUCAAGUGACAGACUGGCAACCUCGACCCCUAAAAGGCCACAGUACACUCCUGUUAGAGCACUAACACCGCCUGCCCUGAUACAGGAGGGCAGGUUUCAAGCCAACUGCUACCACAGAGAUGGAACCCCGAUGGAGGUGCAGUGUGACGUGCGCAGAGCUGCUCUCUUCAGCGGAGGUGCUUUGUACUGUGUGUGGCUGAGUGGGAGUCAUCUUUUCCUUCACCAGCAGGAGACACUGCAGAGCACACAGACAUCCAUAGCAAAGUCUUCAAUUGAAGACUCCUUAGCCUCCAGUUUGCGAGAGGUGAUCAGUGAAGCAGAGCAUGGUAAAGGUCUACGCUCCUCCAUGAGUCUGAAUCAGUCUGGAGCAUGUGAAGGACUGUUUGCGGAAGAUUAUCAUCCGUUGCGACCCAUUGGGAAGGGAGCUUUUGGCGUUGUCUGGCUUGCCUCACGGCGUCAUGCUGAACAGGAGGUGGUAGUGAAGUUUAUUAGGAAGAGCAGGGUGAUAGAGGAGUGUUGGGUGGAAGACCCUGAUUUGGGUCGGGUUGCUCAGGAAGUGGCAAUACUCGUGCGACUGGAUCACCCAAAUAUUGUCAAGGUGUUGGAGGUGUUUGAGAAUGAGAACUUCUUCCAGAUGGUGAUGGAAAAACAUGGAGACGGCAUUGACUUGUUUGAGUUUAUUGACAUGCAACCCAGGCUGGAUGAACCACUAGCCAGCUACAUCUUUAGGCAGUUGGUGUCAGCAGUGACUUACCUUCGCAAGAAAGGCAUAUUACACAGGGACAUUAAAGACGAAAACAUCAUCAUAGAUGCAGAGUUUCAUAUCAAGUUGAUUGAUUUUGGGUCUGUGACCCUGCUGGAGUCUGGGAAACUAUUCCAUGCAUUCUGUGGCACACUGGAGUACUGCUCACCUGAGGUGCUACAAGGAAACCUGUAUAAAGGACCAGAACUGGAGAUGUGGUCUCUUGGAGUGCUUGUAUAUACCCUGCUGUUCAGUGAAAACCCUUUUGGUAGUGUGGAAGAGAUCAUCCAAGCCAAACUCAACAUCCCCUAUGAAAUCUCUCCAGAUUUGCACACACUGUUGGCCGGUUUGCUGCACAGAGAGCCGACUGAGAGAAUGACCCUGGAGGAGCUUCUGCAUGAACCGUGGAUCCGGCAGCCUAUUAACCUAGCGGAGUACAGCUGGAGUGACGUGUUCCCCUGCCAUCACGAUUCUCCCAUGCAAAGUCAGUGCAGUCCAGGUGUGCAGCAGAAGGCCAUCCUUCAUCAUAACAGUGACAAAACACCCCUGGAGGAGGAGGAUGAUUAUGGAAUGGAUGAAGAAGAGGAUGAAGAGCAAAGGAGAACUAUGGCAGCACUGGAGUUUGAACUCCUUAAGUAUCUAACUGAAGAUGGAAGAUAGAGGAAGCGCUAGCGCUUCUUUUAAACAAAGACCUGUCAUGGGAAAAGGUUAAUUAUUUAUAUAUAUAUAUAUAUAUAUAUAUAUAAAAAAAAAACACUUGCUGCCAGUAGUCCAGUAGAGUUUGAUGAUUUGCUUGAUGACUGGCUUGAACACUAAAGUAUCCAAGAUCAUGACGUCCUACAUGAACAUGUCUUCUGACACACAAGUGUGAUUGAGAUGAAUGGCAUUGAAGGCAGAAAGACUAGCCCAUGUUUCAAAAAAAGUGUGGCUGUAUAUGGCACUGGUGAUGUAAAUCACAGAUUAAAGAGGCACUGUAUGAAUUGUUGCAUUCUUGGUUUCAUGACUGACUGCAUUGCUGCUUUUUGAUGAAGUAAAAAGUGUUUAGCAAUCCUGCAAAAGCAAUUUGUGCUAAGUGUAUUUUGAAGUAUGUAAAUCUGUGGUUUUUGCAUUGAAUCUGCAUUAAUCAUUUAUAAAAAGCAGUUGUGUAAACAACUCUAAGUUUAUUUUAAAAACUAAAUUAUUUACAUUUUAAAUAUACAGAACGUUUUACAUAAAUGUUUUUAAUUGAUUUUUUAUUUUUUUUGUAUUACAUUAAAAGUGAUGUUAUUCAAGAAAGUGUUUCUGGAUUUAAAUAAAAGAAAUCAAAGCA